CGUUGACAGGAAACCAACUGCACCGCAGCAGAUCCCGGGAUCACUCCGCCGCGGGAACAAGUGCGCAGCCGUCAUUAAACUCUGUUUAUUUCCCAGACUCUGGACUCUGGUUGAGCCACGAUGCCCGACACAACUCCUCCAGACUCCGGGGAGCACUCCGCGCUGCUCCGCUUCUCCUCCGCGCUGUUUUACGCCGGCAGCUCGUUCCUGAUCACGGUGGUGAAUAAAACCGUGUUGACCAGCUACAGGUUUCCCUCCUACACGUUCCUGGGAAUAGGUCAGAUGGUCACCACAGUUGUUGUCAUUUACGCUGCCAAAAAGAGCAAAACAGUCCAGUUCCAAGACUUUGACAAAAGUAUUUUCAUCAAAAUCUUCCCUCUUCCUCUGCUCUACGUUGGGAAUCAAAUCACAGGACUGGCCAGCACUAAAAAACUCAGUUUGCCCAUGUUCACUGUGUUACGGAAAUUCACCAUAUUGAUGACAAUGAUCUUGGAAGUGUAUAUACUAAGAAAAACGUUUCCCAGACGCCUUGUUUACAGUGUUGUGACCAUAGUUGUUGGUGCCAUGAUUGCUGCGAGCUCCGACCUGGCCUUCGAUAUGAGGGCCUACACUUUCAUCCUGCUCAACGAUGUCUUCACCGCCGGCAGCAGUGUGUACACCAAGCAGAAACUUGGCGUGGAGGGUCUCGGGAAAUAUGGUGUCUUAUUUUACAAUGCGCUCAUCAUAGCUAUCCCCACGCUCCUGGCCAGUGCAUUGACUGGAGAUUUACAGAAGGCCGUCACAUUUGAGGGCUGGUUUGAAACCACAUUUAUCUUUUGUUUCUUCUUGUCCUGCAUCAUGGGGUUUGUGCUGAUGUAUUCCAUCAUCCUGUGCAGCUAUUAUAACUCUGCACUUACUACCUCCGUCGUUGGAGCAGUAAAGAAUGUCGCAGUAGCCUACAUUGGCAUAUUUGUGGGUGGAGACUACCUCUUCUCUUGGACCAACUUCAUAGGCCUCAGCAUUUGUAUGUCAGGUGGACUUGCGUACUCUUAUAUCACCUUUAGCACCAAAUCGUCUCAAGUGGCAACAGAAGAGUGGAAGACUGACAUUACACAAGAUCCAACCGGGAGGAAAGUUACCAUCUAAAUGAACAAAGUUUUAGCUUCCACCACCAUUCACUGCAUUGUUCUGCUUCAUAUUGGAGCAUAAUGUUGCUGCCACACUUUUAUCAACCUUCCCAAUGGAGUUUUAUUGUAAUCAUGAUUAUUUAUCCACUGUAUUGCACGUUAAGUAAAUGGUAAAGGGUUUGUAUUUAUAUAGCGCUUUUCUAGUCUUGAUGACCACUCGGAGAGCUUUACAGUGCAGUUUGCCAUUCACCCAUUCACCCAUUCACACACACAUUCAUACAGUCCAUCUAUAAGCAGCACUUUUUUUUAGUCUGAGGGGCAGUUCAGCAUCUCAGCCAGUUUGGAUGGGCUGAGAUCUGAUUCAAGGGUGGAUUAAGGAUUUUUAUUUAUUUUUCAAUUUUCUUAACAUUGCAACACCAGGCAUUUUUCAAUAUUUUCAUCAAUUUCCAAGGAAAUUAUGUACAAAAAAGAAUUUUAUAUGAUUAUAUGUUUUUUCAGUCGGUGCAGAUUAUCAGACUACUUCAUGUUCCGUUGUUUUAUUGUUUUUUAUUCUUAUUUGUAAAGCACUUUGAAAUGUGCUUGAUAAAUAGUUUAUUUUAUUUUUUUCUAAAUAUAUUAUGAGAACUUGACAGACACAUAUGACAGUUUGGCCGCGGAGA